AUGGCAAAUCAUCGCGCUAUCGCUAUCCAUGGCAUUCCCAUUCUGGUCAAGGACAACAUCGCUACCAAAGACAAGUUGUUGGAUGUCUCCGCGGGCUCUUAUGCUCUUUUGGGAGCGAAGCCUGCGCUCGAGUCUUCUCUGAUCAGCAAACUCCGAGCAGCCGGCGUUGUGAUUCUGGGAAAGACGAACCUUUCGGAGUGGGCAAACUUCAGAGGCUUGAAUAUCAGUAAUGGUUGGAGCCCAAGAGGUGGCCAAACAUUGGGCACAUAUUAUCCGAACUCUACACCUGCAGGAAGCAGCUCCGGCUCGGCGGUAGCGACGGCACUCGGACUGUCUACUGCUGCAAUUGGCACCGAGACCUGGGGUAGCAUUGUAGGCCCAGCCGAGCUUAACAAUGUCGUCGGCUUCAAACCAACCCGCGGCCUCAUCAGUACCGAUGGCGUUAUCCCUAUUUCGAGUCGGCAAGAUGUGAUUGGGACUCUCACAAGAACAGUCAAAGACGCAGCGUACUUGCUCAGCGAGAUGGCAGGGAGAAGUAAGCGGGACGAAAGAACUUGGCAUAUCCCAUUCAACCCCAUCCCCGAUUUCACGACCUUUUGCAAGGGAACAGAUCUAAGUGGUAUCACUAUUGGAGUUCCUCGGAACACUUGGGAAGGCGAAUCACCAGCACCGAUCCAGGCUUCUUUCGAAUCCGCGCUGCAGACAUUGAGCUCUGCCGGAGCAAAUGUGGUAGAAGAUUCUGAUUUUCCACAGGCGGAUGACUUCAAGAAGCUCAAUGAGCAAGUCAAAGGCAUCGUGCGGUCGUCCGAAUUCAAGAGAGAUAUUGUCCGCUACCUCCAAACUCUGGAAACUAAUCCAAACAACAUCCAGUCAGCAGAAGACAUUAUCGAGUUCACAAAACGCUUCCCGGCCGAGGAGUACCCAGACAGAGACAUCGGCAAGUUCUUAUGGACUCAAGCAGAGGGGGUCGAUGUUGACGGGGAUAAGUACAAGGAGAUGGUGAAGCAGGAGCAGUUUUUUGGUGGCGAGGGGGGGAUCCUUGGGGCAAUGAAGAAGUACCAUCUUGACGUGCUAGUUGUUCCUGCCGACCAGGAUAUAGGAAACGAUCUUGCUGCAAAGAUGGGGUUUCCAGUAAUUUCUGUUCCGCUCGGAUUCUGGCCAGAAGAUACCUCUGUCCAACUUGAUAAGAAGAAGCCGAAUUUGGUCAAAGUUGCGCCUGGAAUGCCUUAUUCCCUGAUAUUCAUCACGAAAGCCUUUUCUGAUGGAGUCUUGCUGCAGGUAGCCCAUGCAUUCGAGCAGCUCACGGCUGUAAGAGAGAACGGGCCACUACCCAUUAAGGUUCCAGAGACGGAGAUGGUGGUGACCCAGCGCAAGGCGGAGAGAAUGUGAGGAUGUAUUCGGUGUGCUCAAGGUUGAUGAUUCACUAUUUUUGUGAUAUUCACUCCGGGUUACCAAAUUUCCCAAUUCCUUUGCAUGUACAAUGUGGACGAUGGCAGUCAAAGAUAAGUUACGUGCUUAGCUUCAUAGCAU